ACCGGUCGGAGCUCGAGCGGGUCCAUCGGUUUCGGUUUCGAUUUCUCCGGGGUAUUCCGUUGGAUGAUGAGCGAUGGAGCCCGAUCGCGACACACGCGGUGUACAAUUACAGAACACUUUCAAAAAGGCGUAACAAAAUACGUAAACGCGGGGUCCGCCGUGACAGUGUCGCACGUGAACGUCCGAUGACACAAACGCACCGCUGAGAUGCCCCGCGGAGGGCAGUCGUCGCCUUUGAAAAAGACACUCCUCAAAUGUGCACUUGCAGUCCUAGUUUAAGUUGCAGCUCGCGAAUCGAGCACUUAGUUUGGAAUUAAAAGUUGUAGUUUUAGCAAUCCAGUGUUUGGGUUUGUAACCCUGUAGUGCUAGUGUGACUCCUUACUUCUUAGUGUUUUUAUUUCGUGAAAAUGGAUUACCCAAAACACAUAUUUUUCGCCCUAAGUCUUUGCCUAUGCAUGAGGAACGGAGAGUCGAACAUUUACAUACUGGAGGAUGCCAUUUACAGGAACAGCCAAGAACUAUCUGGGAAUAGGUAUAAACGACAAACCCACCCUGCUUCCACAUUUGCCAAGUUCUCGGGAGCGGAUGACGUAUUCGGUCCUCUAGUCGGUCACGUGCGGCCACCCCUCGACCAAGGCGAACAGCGCUCAGAUUUCAACGGGAAUCUCACGCCGAACCUGGCCGACAGCGUGGAUCUAACCCAACCCCAGGGCCCACCAAAUGGUCUCGUGGACUACCUAACGCCACCCAGUCCUAACGUCCAAACCCCAGCCUUCAACCCCACCUCUCACACGCUCAACCCUGCUCCUCUACCCCCACCCUUCGCACCACCCACAACCACCCCCGACUUCUCAAACUUAUUCGGAUCAGCCUCGCAUUUCUCGUCCUCCUUCCAAGCGCCGGCACCGAGCCACGGUCCACAGUCGCGUGACCUCAAUGGAAUACACAUUGAUCAACCCUUCCAACCCACCCUCCUAAACGAGGGAGGGAAAUGGGAUCUCGGCUACGACGCAAGCGAGAUCCUUAAUCCGCCCGUGGAGAAUUCCGCUCCCUCGCGACACCUAGAAGACAGCUUGGGGCCACCCCCGAAUUUCAGGCGGCCCUCUAGUCUUCCAGCGAGCAACCCAACCUUCGCAGCUAGUCAAAACGCCCCCGUGAGUUUCAGUAACCAUAACCAGUUCGCCGACUACAACCAGGGUCACAACAACUUCCCCACGACGUCACCCUUCGGGCCCCCUCCUCAGAGUCCCCACCAUGCCCCACACUCGGAUAUCGUGUGGGGGGUGCCGAAAUCCAACGGCAUCCCGCAACCUAGCAACCCGUUCACCAGCGGUUUGGAACCUCCCGGUUUCAGACAGCAGCCGGUGAAUUCCUUCAACAGCAACCUGGGGCCGAAGAAUCUGGGGUCCCUCGGGGCUGCAUCCCAAGCGACGUUCACGACCAAGGCCCCGCCCCCGUUCAGCCAGUUCGACUCUUUCGUCCCGCAGGGCUCCGUGCGCGACAACGGGUUCCUGAUACCCCCGAGCGAUUUCGGCACGCCGCCGCAGCACACCAAGCGUCAGUCCGAGUCUCUGGUGCCUCCUUACAAGUUCUUCGGGUCUCCGGGGACGAGGAGCUUCCAGAAGAAGCGGCAGAGCGUCGAUGGAUUGGGCGGCAAGAGGUGGGCGUAUAAAAGGCGGAGUGACGACGAAGAUGCCGACUCGGAAGAAACGGAGGGCGGAGCUCAGAUCCAUGCCCCGGUUUUUUCGUACGUCAAGACCGACAAGAACGGGCACUUUAAAUGGGGGGUGAGACAAGGUCUGCCAUCAGCUUUCACGGCCAA